AUGGUUCGCAAUAACAGUAUAAUGCAAUGUGAGUUGCCGAAUGAGCCGCGAAUACAUUUACGUAUCGUGCUUCCAACAGGGGAACUUGAGAAAGUCGACAUAUCACUAAAUAUAUCACGAUACAAUUUUUGUCCGAACGAUACUUUAUGGUUUUAUCUUAUGGAACCAAAAAAAAUUCUUUUCGCGUAUUUCGAUUUCGGAGAUGAAGCACCCUCAAUUAAGAAAACUUACAAUGAAACUGGCGUUAUUUUAUCUUAUAAAGGGGAAAUUUUAAGUAAAUUUCAUAUAGGAGAAGGGCAUCCUAGAAAUGAAACACUCACAAUGAGCAUACGAGAAGGCGGCGGUUUCUUACGAACUUACAUCUGGCCAAAUUAUACUAUAACUUGGACGAAAUUUUCUUUAGAUGAUCAAAAUCAAAUUCAAAAAAUAGCGAAAGGAGUGUUUUAUACGCCACAACCUCAAGAUAUUUUUGUUGGGUAUUUUACUUUUGUAAAACUUGACGGGGGAUAUGGAUGUGCAAUCACCACUAAUAAUUCAGUCUCAAUACCAUCAACGAAUGUGCACAUUAACGACACAGCUAUUACAAAUUCCACAUUAAACACAACAACAAACACAACAGCAAACUACUAUGAUUCAGACGAAACUUCGUGGCGGAUUUUUGUCAUAUUUUUAGCUCUUGAUUCAGAUCGAGAAACUGACUUAUUUAUUCUUUAUCAAACUUCGAAGCCUUGGCCUAAACUGAAUGUUGGUCCAUGUCGUGUUGCAUAUGACGGCACAGGAUAUGGAUGUUUCCUCAUUCCUUAUGUCAACGACACAGUACCCUAUAUUUACAGUGUUCGCUUUAUUUCUGAAGGUUCUGUCACUUUGAUAAACAAGCUUCGAUUUCGUGAUGCAAAAGAUUGGAAAUUGCUAAAUUUUUAUAAUGUGUUUGCUGGUGGUUAUAUUGUGAUUGGUACUCUAUCGCAAACUAAACGAGUUGGUGAUUUAUAUAACACUUCCGGAUUAGUCUAUGAUACAAUAGAAAUCGCAACAAAGCGUGUACAUAUGAGUACAUAUCCAAGAAACAAUUCACUUUGGAUAGGCUCAUUUGAUCCAAACAAGACAAAAGAAUGGACUGUGACUUCUAUUAAUAUACCAAAAUUAAUACAAUAUGGCAAGUUUUAUGAAAGAUUUCCAAAUCCAAAUAUCAACAAAACCAUUCCGGAACCAGAUUCAACCAUAAAUUUACGAACCAAAGAUUUAACGAUAAUGUAUAACAUAAGAGUCAGCUUUGGCGCAGGAAAUUUUUCAAUUUACCAAUAUCCAAAUCUUUUGCGACAAAUGACGCCGGGAACUUCAGCUAAUAUUAAACCUGACCCGGUUACCGGUUUUACAAAAGUCACAAUCAAUGUUUUUAAUAGUACUUUUAAUCUGCCGAACACAAUGUAUUACGUCGUGGUGGAUACGGAUUUUGUUAAGCGUGAUCAGAACCGUGAACCAUUGUUUGGAAUAGAGAAAAACAUUUGGCACUUUACGACAGAACCAAAAGCAUCAGACGUCGAUGUACACACUGAUACUGCUAGCGGUUUACUACGUCUAUCCGUCAAUGGGACGAAUGAAUUCAAAGCAGCAUAUGACGCACAAGGAUAUUCAGUAAUAAAAGCCUUAGCAAAGCAAAUAGCUGAAACUAUUCCAGUUGCAGUUCCACGAAUAUCAAUAAGAAAUGCUUUUCAAUAUGAACCAAAUACGCAACCUCAGCAACUUUUAUUACGUAUGGAUAUUGGACAAGCGACAAACAAUAAUGAAUCGGAUAUUCCACGUUUAAUUGAAGACUUUCGAACCUUACUAAGACAAUCACAAUUCACCGCUCUUUCGCAAAAAAAUUAUACUGUAUGGCUCGAUAGCACGUAUAAUUUUGUGCCGACAGGUGAUUUGUGGGACAGGUAUAAGCUUGCGAUCAUCUUAUUCAGUGUUAUAUCAGUUGUAACAACUCUUGUCUAUUUGUGUGCUCAUCAUAACAAUAAAGAAGCAAGAAACAUUGUCAUUUUUAUGGUCGUGAUUAUUAUACAAGAUUUUAUAUUUGACGUAUUAUUUGUGGAAGAAUAUGGUCAUGAUUUUUCAGAGUUGUUUCUACCAAGUGUUAUAACCUUGGUCAUCCCAAUCGCGUUCAAUACUACUGUCGCGUUAUUUGUAUUAUUAUCGGAAAACUCGCGCGAAGAUAAAUUCAACGACUGGUUCCGAAAAUAUCCACAAAUAGCGGCUAUAUUUACCAUAUUUUCAUGUGCAGAUGUGGAGUUACUUACGGUUCUUUCCUCACAAGUUGGCGGGUUGAAUUUAUUUUCUGCGACUUUUUCGCAUCGAGCAGAAACGGUGAUUUUCUGGGCGAGUUGUGUAAAUAUACUGAUCGAAGAUUUGCCUCAAUUCAUUAUUCGCUUUCUAUAUCGAAGGAAAAACAUCACAUACAAUAUCUUACCGAAUAUUGCCCUAGCUUCGAGUGCAGUUGGUUUGCUUAUCGCUGUUCUUGGCCGACUAUAUCAAAUAGCGAUCCGUUGUAGCCCAAGAAAAUGUCAAAAAGCAGUAUUUCCGGUUGAAGAAUCAGAUAUUAAAGAAAAUCCUGGAAUAAAUGCAGAUGGAUAUCAUAUUGUCAAUGGAUUACUUGAAUAA